AUGGCGCCGCCCGGAGCGGGGCCGCCGAGCCCCCGUGGGUCGGACCGCGGGGAGGGGGCGCGCCCGGCGAGGCCGCACGUGCCGGCGCGGCCGACGUUCUGCAUGGGCGCCUAUCUCGAGCAGCUUCAGGACAAGGACGUGCGCGGCGACAUGCUGCGAAGCCAGACGAUCAUCGGCAUCCUGGCCGAGGCGUUGGACCUCAAGGACAAGAGGGGGCUCCUCGAGCGGAGCAAGAGCCGCGGCAUCAGGGCACCGUCCUUGACUGGUGGAAGCCUGGAGGAAGACAAGGACGAUCCCGAGCUGUUUGCGCCAGACACGGAUUCGCAGUUUGCGAAGCGAAGAAAAAUGAUUCACCGCGUUCUGAAAGAUGAUAUCGAGAAGGAAUUGGGCAACAAAGUUGAAUUCAAGAAAGUCCCACCCUCGGACAAUCGACUUAGAAAGAUCUUCAAGGUGACAGGAUCAGAGCUUAAGGUAUUGAUUAAUGCGGUUAAGAACGAGCCUGCAGACUGCUUCGAUGUGGAAGUCAAGCGGCUUCUUCUGCAGUUUCCAGACCUUGUCAGAUUACGGCUCAAGGAAGAGCUCGACGUCGACAGUUUGCUUACUAGCACCUCAACGGCUCAGAAGACCAAAGGGAACAAGAGCAUGACUACGCACCAGAAGCACACCGAGACCAGGCAGAAUGAGGUCUGCGUUGAGAAGUGGAGGGACGAGUGGGGUGCAGUCGAGGUGACACUGGAGUUCGAGAGGCACGAGUGGAUUGCGGAUCGAGGCGACAAAGUCAUCAAAAAAGGAGUUUACCCAAGGCUUCUGAGCAUCGACGUCAGGUUCGACCUUCCUCGCUACACCAGGCGUGAUCACGGUGCUCACGGCCCCACCGGCGCCACCGGAACUCAGACUUGGACGCCCCCGCUCCAGGCGGGCUCUCGAGACUUCGACGUGGUCAACCAGUGGAAGGAGAGGCUGCUGAGUGAGCUGCUGAGCGAGCUGGCGGCGCAGAGAAGCGGCCUGCCGCAGGAUGUUAAAGAGGGGCGCACGGUUGCCAAAGGAAAAAUGGAUGAAUUGUACCGUUCCGCUGCUGCUGAGCUGGUCGUGCAGUCAGUGCUGCAGGCGAUCGAAGAGAGAGGUUCGCAGUUGAUGCGGAGAUGGCGGCUUGAGAGGCCUCCCGAUCCGCGGUUUCCUGACCCAGGAGAUCUGCUUCGAUUACACGCCAUUCACGCGGAUGGCGGGGAACAGACAUCGAAGCAUGCAGCAAAUGACUAUGACAUGUCGAAGAAUCAAUACCAUUUCGUGCAGUUGAAUGUUGACAGGCCAGUGGACGAGAGAGAAGCAACUCAGGUAUGGGACAUGGUGAUGCAAUUGGUGACCAAAUUCGGGGACAAAACUGCGGAGAUGAGGCAGGAAUUACGAGCAAAGCUUAAUCAGUUGGCUGACCCUGACAACAGGCUUGAACAAAAGCCCAAUGGUGAGUGGCCGUCACGAAAGGUUCCUGACCCCUACGUGAGGCGUCUUGUGAACCAGCGGCGCAGGGCCAAGGACCUUGAUCUCGACGGUCGAACCAUACACACUGAGGGUACGCUGCUUUAUUUCGCAAUGAGAGCCAAAGUUCCUCACCAGGUUUUGGAUGAACUACUGGAGCAUGGCGCAGAUCCUGAGGCACUCCAGUCUCUUCAUCCACUCGGAAUACACCAGGCGGUGCUCCGGGCUCCGAUCCUUUACUUUGCAAAGGAUGUGGAGCAGGUGCAGACUCUGAUCGAGAAUGAUGCAGACACGGAGUCCAAGUCAUGCCUGAAGGGGCUCGGUGGAUUUUUUCACUCACACGACGACGUUGUGGACGUGUUGCUUCGACAAAAAUGA